CUUUCUCUCUCUCUCUCUCUAUCAAAGCGUAUGUCUUGCAAAAAGUGGAGAAGAGAACGAUACUCGGACAAUCCAAAGAGCUAAAGCAAAGCACCUUAAAAAGGUUGAAGUAUCCCAAAACCAUCACCACCCAGUGAAACAAAUCCCAAAUCCCAACACACAAAACCCCCUCCCUCUCUCUCUCUCUCUCUCUCUCUCUCUCUCUCUAGAAUUCGAAAUGGGACUCUGUUUCACAAAGGGAUUCUGUUUCAGAAAAUCCCAUGAAAUCCCAAUCUCCUCCUCCUCCUCCUCAGACUACUCUCCUCCUCAUGACUAUCGUCCCAUACCCAUUAAAUCCAAAGAACCAAUUAUAAACCCAACAUUCCAAACAGCCCCUUAUUCGAACACGACUAUGCCUAAAACUUCAUCAUCAUCAUCAUCAUCAUCUUCUUCACAGAUUGGACCGAUUCUGGGCAAACCCUAUAUUGAGGUAACCGAACUCUAUGAUCUUGACAAAGAAUUGGGGAGGGGUCAGUUUGGGAUUACUUAUCUGUGUACAGAGAAAACCACAGGGUUGAAGUAUGCAUGUAAGUCCAUUUCGAGGCGAAAACUGGUGAGCCAAAAGGACAUUGAGGAUGUGAGGAGGGAGAUUUUGAUGCUACAGCAUUUGAAUGGGCAGCCCAACAUUGUGGGAUUCAAGGGUGCUUAUGAGGACCGGCAGAAUGUGCAUUUGGUGAUGGAGGUUUGUUCGGGGGGUGAGCUUUUCGACCGGAUCACCGCCAGAGGGAAUUAUUCGGAGAAAGAAGCCGCCGGGAUUGGCCGCCAGAUUGUGAAUGUGGUACAUGUGUGUCAUUUUAUGGGGGUGAUGCAUAGGGACUUGAAGCCUGAGAACUUCUUGCUGGUGAGUCGCGACGAGGAUGCUCCCCUCAAGAUCACCGAUUUCGGACUCUCUGUUUUCAUUGAGGAAGGAAAAAUUUAUAAGGACAUCGUUGGAAGUGCGUACUAUGUGGCCCCAGAGGUGUUGCGUCGGAACUAUGGCAAGGAGAUUGAUGUAUGGAGUGCUGGAGUCAUUUUAUACAUUCUCUUAUGUGGAGUGCCUCCAUUCUGGGCUGAGACUGAGAAGGGCAUUUUUCAAGCAAUUCAAGAAGCUCGAGUUGACUACGUGAGCUCACCGUGGCCUUCUAUAUCUGCUCCUGCAAAGGAUCUGAUCAAGAAAAUGUUAACGAUGGAUCCCAAAAAGCGGAUUACUGCUGCCCAAGCCCUUGAACAUCCGUGGCUUAAAAAAGAUGGCGAAGCAUCGGACAAGCUUAUUGAUAGUGCUGUUCUAAUCAGGAUGAAGCAAUUCAGAGCAAUGAAUAAGCUGAAGAAGCUUGCUCUAAAGGUCAUUGCUGAAAAUCUCUCAGAAGAAGAAAUCAAGGGCUUGAAACAAAUGUUCAAGAACAUGGACACUGAUGGAAGUGGUGCAAUCACAUACGACGAACUCAAAACUGGCUUAUCUAGGUUGGGAUCCAAACUUACUGAAGCAGAACUACAACAGCUGAUGGAGGCUGCUGAUGUUGACAAGAAUGGGACUAUUGAUUACUCUGAAUUCAUUACAGCUACGAUGCACCGUCAUAAACUUGACAAAGAAGAGAAUUUGUACAAGGCUUUCCGGUAUUUUGACAGGGAUGAAAGCGGGUUCAUUACAAGAGAUGAGCUGAGACAUGCCAUGGCACAAUAUGGUAUGGGGGACGAGGCUACUAUAGACGAAGUUAUUAAUGAUGUGGAUACUGAUAAAGUAAUUAAUUAUCUCAUAAGCAUGAUGGGAGAAUUAAUUAUGAAGAAUUUGUAGCCAUGAUGAGGAAGGGAACGCUUGAUACUGAUGGGUCACAAUCGCAGAAUUAAUUGCUUGCACCAUGUCAAAAUAAAUAAUAAAAAACAAAAACCCAAGCUAUUUGGGUUUCACAAGUUGCUUCAAGUUGAUUUUUAUCUUGUCCAUUUCUCUCCUGUAUUUAUGAUGUAUGUGCUGUUCAUAGAGAAAAAUAAACAAUGUAUAUGCAGUUUUUGAGGUUAAUAAACUGCCUUAACUCAAAAAGAGUUGGCUUUAGAGAC